AUGGCGAUCCUUGGUGCAGCAGAGGAGCGUCGUCUCUUCUCUGAUGGUGCCGUAGGAGCACUUAUGCAUUGGCCAGAUGGCUAUUCGGUAGAUGCAGCACAGUGGGUAUCUGAGGCCUGUGACGCAUAUUCCCGGCCUCUUGGUGCCUACUCCAGAGGUUCUCUUUCUGCCGUCGCUCCACCUGCUUCAGUCGGUCCUCUAAGAAACGCCUCGGGGGCCCUCGAGCACCCCCCUGCGGCUUCCGCAGGGCGUUUGAGACACCCAGAGAGGGUCCCUCAUGGCUCAGGCUUAUUUUCGGAUGCUCUUUUUCCCUCAAGGAGUAGAGGGGAUCUGACGCCGCAGGAUUUGGUAGCCCUUGGCGGCGUCUCUACUGGUGGAGGGGUGUGUUUGUCAGAAGGCCAGCAUCAACAACGUUGUUCCCCGACGACUAGCGGGCAGGGCGAAGAAGCGCAGACUCUUGAUAGGGCUGCAGCCGCAUCAGCUGCGGCACCCGCAUGCCAACUGCUGCUCCAGACGCAGCAUGAGAUUUUGAAGCAGCAGUACCAACAGGUAGAGCAGUUGCGUGUCCAGUUGCAGCAGCUGGGGGACAUGCUUAGUACGCUGAGGCUGCAAGUUAGCGGCUCCAGCCAAGGCACCACUGGAUCUCAUACCACUCCCAUUCCCCAAUCCGCCAACACAGCUAUGCCCUCUGGAGGCCUCCAAAACACGGUCCCCGAGGACGCUGAUCUGGAUCCCUUGGAUGUUGAAUUGGGUGAUGACUACCUUGGCUGGAGUUUGGAUCCCAGAGACUACAAGGAAAUGCCAGCAGAGGCGUUAGACUGGAUCCCUCCUGCCGGCAUUCCUUCGGGACAGCCAGAGCACUAG